GCUCAUUAAAAUUCAUUAUACAGUACCUCGCUUCAUUUAUUAUUUACUGCUCACCAUCUUCUUUGAACGUCUCUGGAGUAAUUAUAUCGACAGUUCCAAUAAGGCCUCUCGAGGAGUAACACCGAUUAACUCGCUUGUGCAUCAGCUAACGAAGAGUUUACCAGCAUGCGCAAGUUACCAGAGCUAACCCUGGGGUCCAAGAAGCAGCCGUUGCUGACGAUGGCGAUGCUGGGUCUGGGGUACCUAACGGUUUUUUUACUGAUAGCUGGACUGUUUAGCGAUUACUGGAUUGAGACAAAGGAACUCGCCUAUGAAAGGGACUUCCCCGAUUCCACACUUCAAGCGUGGGUGAGGUUGCAUGCAGGUCUUUUCAAGGCUUGUCCAUAUGAAGUGCAACACAUUUGGAUUCAUCGAAACAGAUGGAAAACGUCAGAUUAUGACGACACAGUGACGGAGGAACCCACACCUACGGAAUCACACAUUUUAAAGAACGGCUCAAUUAAUAUAGACGAGUGCGCCAAGAUACCUUAUAUCAACUUUGAAUUUAUGUCACCAGCACCAAACGUCAAUACUGCUGUUCUUGAGAGCAUUCGCCGGACAACAGCUCUUCUGUUUGUUGGGAUGUUCCUUAUGACUAUUGGUUGUGCAAUGGCGACAUUUGGAUUAACUGAUGGCUUUGCAUCUAGUCGUCGUCAUUGGAUUUUUAUCGGCGGAUUAAUAUUUAUUAUUUCAGGUUUAUUUAUUAUGAUAAGCCUGAUUAUAUUCUGUUCUUCUAUCAACCACGCUGUGGAUGAAAACACACCGCGUUCAGGUAAACAAGUGUUCUCCUACUACUUCUCGGCAUCUUUCGCCGUUAUCUCUUUGGCCUUCCCGAUGAGCGAGAUAUCAGGUGUUUUUGCUAUGUACCUAUACAUACAUCACGCUACCAACACAGUUAAGGACGAACAGAUGAGGACGCGCGCAUCAGAAUCAAUGCGCAGCUCGAAAACAAAUUCACCGGAUGGUACACAGUUCACCAUCAUUCACGGAUCUCCGUACAUGCGAGGCCGAGUUUAUGACGAUAGGACAGCUGAUGUUGUAGAGAUGUAGAAACUAAUUUUAUGUUCGCAAUGUUUCCAUAAAUAAUUUCGAUAUUUUAUUAUAGUUUAAUCUAAUUUCUCUUUAAUAGACAUUACUUUCCCAUUAUCAUUAUUCUUUUUUUUAUAUUUUAGUAUUUCAUGGCAUUACUAUAGAACAACAUUGCAUGCUAUGUACUCGUAUUCAGUGGCGUAACGAUGGGGCUGGGGGCCAUGAGGCUUUCUGAGCGUGGGGGCACCUGACCCUGAUUACGGCACCUGUAAAUGGCUGUAAAUAGCACUCAGAGAAAUAAAAUUAAAAAAAUUCGAGGGCCCUGCGGACCGCCGCACGAGAGCUGCGUUACGCCACUGCUCGUAUUGUAAUUAAAAUGAGUAGAGAUUCGCCAUAGAAAAUGAAGAAAACACGGUAAUGACGAUGAAAACAUCGAAUUUUUAAGUCUAUAUUUUAUUUGUCUUUUAUAAGUUAUGCCUAUUCACCGUUAUUAUUUAAAGUGACUCUCCAUAGAUCUGUGUAAUAUACCAUAUCGCCAAUUUGGUAUUACAAUAUUGCAUGUUACAUGAGAAUACUUAUAAUAUUCAAUAUUCCCUCAUAUCGAUAAUGCUGGUUCAGGUCAUUUAUUUUUCACACGUGUAGCGUUUUAUGGAACGUUUAAUUAAAGAAAACAGUGUAAAGAAUGAGGCAUUCUCUGCCGUCGAUAUGAUAUGAGACUCUAACUUCGACUAUUAGUCAUUCAAGUAUCAAUCUAUGUGAAGAGUAAAACACGUUCAGUAGCUAUAUAACACCUUUGUGAAUAGAUAGAUAGAUGUUCGGUUGUGUUGAAAAAUAGUGUACCGUAUGUUCUGUGGAAAACAGAGAAUUGUUAAGUGCCAUGUCUACGGCACAUGUAUGUCAAAGGUCAGGGAAUAUAAUAAAAUACAAUAAUAUUACGAUGUUUCUUUGCAUCUUACAAUUACCGUUUUAGUAUAAUAAUAAGCAAGCAUGAUAGUAAUCACCAUAUUACUUAUUUUUUUUAUUUAUUUCGGUAUAAAACAAAAAUGGAACCGCAGCCAAUCAGUAAAAAUAUAAAAACAGAAACUAUGGUACAGAAAAUCGUAAUUACAAAUGAUGUACUGUAUUUAAUGUUGUUUUAAUGAAUUGUAUAAAUUGACAGAAUUGUGAAUAGGUUAAAUUAUGUAUUUUAUUGUUCUAUCGAUUUGUAUUUUACUGAUAAAAAAAAAUUAAUAAAUGUAAAAUUAAAUAAUAAAAUAAUUUGAAAUUGUAUUAACUUGUGAAAUUGCUUUAUAUGGCAUUUUAAAUUUGUGAAAUUGUGUUAAAUUGGAAUGGUUGUUUGAUUUGUGAAUGCUUUUUUUAAUGUAUUUUAUACUUUUUAAAUUGUGCAAAAGUACAUUGAGAUGUCGCCAGUAUGUUAUGCGCUAUAUAAAAAGUGUAUUAGGCCUAUAUUAUUAGCCUUAUAAAAAAAUGUUGAGAUAUUGAAAUUGCAAAAAUAUUAAGUUCUUAUAAGAAAUAGAAAGGGAAAAAUUAUUGUACCUUGAACCUUGACAUAUCAAUUCGAAAUUUAAACUACAAGAUAGUUUAAGCCACAUUUAAACUAGACACGGUUACGACAUGACGACAUAAUAUCAUCGCGUAGUUUGAAUUCUUCAACACUGCGUGCAUCUGUAUCGUGCCGUUGUCGUGUCGUAAUUGUGUCUAGUGUAAAUGUGGCUUAAAAUUGGACAGGCUCUCUAAGCGCUACCGUCCCACAAAACGACAUGCCAAAUACGUGCAUUUUUUCAUCUUGCGCGUAAUCAUGUUCCUGAUUUGAUUGGUCAGCAAUUGUUGAUUGACACUUUAGAAAGGUCCACCCUCUGUUUGGCCUAGGGAGAGAUUUAACAAUAGAUCUAGAAUGAUAUUGGAUGUAAUUUGAUCCUCAGACAUCGAAAGUUUACCUUAGACAUUUUGCAAAAUGGUUAUUUCAAUUGACUUCGAAGUUCCAGCUUAUGGAACGCAUGUCCCUUUAACUUAGUUUAUUUUGCAACUAAAUUCGUAAUUAAAAUUAAGUUUUGAUUCAUAUUCUUUUUUUAGUGAGAGAUAUGCAAGUUGAUGUCACGGGUCAUUAUAUAAUCUGAUUUAUAGUCCUAAUUUCAUGAUAUUCAUUGUCAAUUAAAAAAUUAUAAUUUAGCAUUUUGUGUAAUUGACCUUCCCAUAAUUGCAUGUACAGACGCUUGAUGUGACGUGGAGUGAUUAUGGCUCUAAGCUUCCUUGCGGUUAUGACUCUUCAUAGUGUACAGUAUUGGUUUUUUAAUGAGGAUCAUCAAAUUUUCAAACAUCAAACACCUUUAUAUCAUUAGUAUGCACCAUGGACUUAUAUACUCUGAAAGCUUGACGUACGUCCCUACCGUAUGUUGCAUAGUUCGGUUAGGUUCUUUUAUUUUCAUUUUCUUUGAAACAAAAUAUUGUCAGGGGAUUAUUUAGGGGAGGGGCCUGGAGAAUUCCCCCUCCUCCGAUUUUGUCACUGCCAUCUUUUUUUUAAAAGAAAGUACAAAAUGACAAUAGGCCUUGUAUACUAAAUGUUACAAUUCGGUAACAUCAUAUAGGCCUGAACACGAAUCAUGCAUAGGCCUAUUUUGAUACUUAUGUAUGUGUAUAAUUAUGUUACAUUUAGGCCCAUAUGAAAUUGAUGCUCUUUUGUUUAAAAAAAUUCUGGAUCCGCUCUGAUUGCUGAGAACAAAUGAAAAUGUACCAAUGCAUUCCCUUUAAUGGACGAAUUUAAUGUAUAGUGUCGUAACAAAAUCAAUCAUUAGGUAGUUUUCGCCGCACGACGUUAACCUUUAACUUUAACGUUAGUACCCAACAUGCAGCGCGAUAGCUCCGCCCCUUUUGUAAACAAGUCGAAAUGCGCAUGCGCGCGCAAACCGUAUCUAACGUACGUCGAGCUCGUAAACUCCUGAAAUUAACUAUUCCGCGCAACGCAAAAUGAAUUAAUUAUGAUGUUAUCCGUUAACGUUAAGGUAACAUCGUGCGGCGAAAACUGCUUAUUUAUUGAAUGAUUAUAGCAUUAUUUUUUAUAGUUUCAAUGAUAUGUACUUUGAAUAUUUUAUAUGUGCCUACAUUUCAAUGAACGAAAGCAAUAAUAAACAGAAUAUGUGAUUAGGUAUGUAAUAUAGGCCUCAUUGUUUGAAAAUUAGUGAUAUUUUGAUUUGUCAAGUUUCCGAAAGCAGGCAAAAGUGUUUUUGAGAUUUCAUUGAGUGCACAUUUCUUUACAUUUAGUUUCGGUUAAAAGGCCUAUAUACUUAAAAUAUGUUUUAAUAAACGGAACUAAAGAUGCA